AUGGAUGCCCUAUACCUAUCACUGACAUAUUGCGGCGGCCGAUACCCGCCACCUGCCAUUCAGGCGGCUAAAGGCUGGGUGUGGGGAAAAGACCGCAUUGCCACCAUCUCCCUCUUGCCGUCUGACCUCAAGACCUUCCGUGGGCUAGAACAGGCCGUUGCCGACGCUGUUGAGAAUCUCCGCUCGGGGAAGCCAUCCACCACGAUGGACCUGUUUGGCAGCGGCUGCUUCUUCGUCCAGGAAUAG